UCAAGUAGGAAUCUUAGUAAAGGAUGGUAAUAAAUUACCACUCACGUACACAGAUUGGAGGGCCAUGCCUGAAGGAUCUAAGGAGAGAUUUUGGGAAGAUAUUAAGAGAAAUACAAAUAUUGAUGAUACAUGCAAGAAAGUACAAAUGAUAAGGGUUAGCAAAUUGUGGAGAAAUUGGAAAUCAAAAGUCAAGAGCAUGUAUUUCACUCCUUAUAGGAGGCACAGGUCAUGGCUAUUAGCACACUGUCCUGCAAGAGUUGAGGAGGAUCAAUGGCCUAUUUUGGUUGAUUAUUGGAGCUCAGAAGAUGUCAAGAAGCAAAGCAAGAUUAAUAGCAAGAAUCGAAAAAAAUAAAAGAUGCCACAUCGAACAGGGCGAAAAGAUCAUGUGAACCUCAGGGAAGAGCUUCGGAUUAAAACUGGAAAAGAGCCUUCGAAACUAGACGUUUUUAUUCAUUCAAGACAAGGAAAACAAAUGGAUGAGUUGACUUCACAAACAAUUGCAACUAUGAAUGAGGAAAUACAAAAACUGCCAGAGACAUCCAGGGAUGAUAAUUUUGUGAAAGAUAUACUCUAUGAAAAUAUUCUUGGACCUGAAAAACCAGGUCGUCUUCGAACUUAUGGGGUAGGUGCGACUCCAAAAGACGUGUAUAGGAUGUCAGAUAACAUGAAUGAUGGACAAAAGAAAGCAUUUGAGGAUGCAGUGAAUGAGAAAGUGGAAAUCAUACGUGGUGAACUACGAGAAGAAAUGAAUUCGAAAUUGGCAGAUUUUAAGGAGGAGUUGAUUGCUCAAUUUGAAGCAAGAAUGAGGGCAUCCACAUGUGACUUGGCAUCACUCCAAAGAAGAGAAAUGAAUGCAGCAAAACAAUCUCAAAUUUCAGACUCAUUAGAGGUUGGUGAUAGAAUGAACAGGGAAGUUGGAACAAAUGAUGCUGAAAUGUACAAGGAAGUUGGAACAAAUGAUGCUGAAAUAAACAAGUGUGAAAUGAAUAAAAAAGUUUCUUCAAUUGCUGAUAUUCUUGAGAACCACCAUACAAAGAAGAAAAGGAGCAGGACUACUUGCAAACGACUUGCUUGAGCCCUGGACUUGAUGGUACAUAGGAAGCACGCGGAUUGGGAGAUAUGAAGAUGUUUUUGAGAGAUGUAUGAUGAAGUGUUGUACUUUUGAAGACAAGCACAUUUUGGAAUAUAUGAAACAUCUUGUAAUUGGAGCGAACAAUAUUAAAUGAUAAAGUUUGUAGAAUUUGACUAAAACA